CAUUUCCUCCUUACAUGAGCUUGCUUGAAAAGCAAUAUUAGUUGAAAUCUGACAGCAGGCGAGUGAACACACGAGGGAGCUUCAAAGGAGUGAGUGUGCUGCUGGAUGGUUGACUGAACUGUGGAGGAACAUCCCGUGCACAUUUAAAUCCAAGUAUUCCUUUCCUCGCCACAUCAGGCCCUUCGACCUUUAAUCCCAGCGUACCAGGAGUAGUGUGAUGGCAGAGGGCGGCGUGGGUACCUGCCCCCAGGUGUUUGUGGUGGACAGUCAUUCAAAUUACGCCACCAUGCCCAGCACAAAGAAAGUGAGAUGGGCAGGAGCAAGCCAAAAGUUUCUACUCCUGAUGGUGGGACUGACCAUGUUGGGACUUGUUGUGCAAGGGUUUUUCAUCUUCAGUCUGUACAAGAAAACAGAGGCCCUUUCCCUCUCUAGAUCUCAUCCUUUCAACCAGAACCUGUCCAAUCCCAUAUCAUCUGGCCAGCAGGGCGGCACCAUACUGAGUCAAGUGGGAUCUAGAGAGUCCAAUGAGAUCCACAUACAGCCGCCACGCCUGCAGCAGGUUCCACAAAAACCCUUUGCGCACCUGAUGGGCUCCAGUAGUCCUGUAGGGGAGGACAAUGUGGUGCAGUGGUUACACGAAGGUGGCGAAGCCAUCACCCGCAACAUGAGCUACGACAAAGGCCGACUGUUGGUUGAGAAGGAAGGUUACUACUACCUCUACUCCAAAGUGCAAGUUAAUGUUGCAGAGGAGUGUUUGCUUAUCCAGCACAAAGUCAUGAAGGACACCAGUGCCUACGGCAAACCUAUAGAACUUAUGAAAUCAAAAAGUUUCCACUGCCGGACCCCAAAACCUACAAGUGCAAAGAGUACAGGUGGGGAAGAUCUGUGGAACAGUUUCCUGGCUGGGAUUUUCCAACUGCAGAGAGGAGACAAAAUUUUUGUCAAACUGGAGAAUAUACAGAAGUUGCAUCCAGGACUUGAGGAAAACUUCAUGGGGGCCUUCAUGAUAUUUCCUUAGAAACAUCGAGAAAUAUGUAUGUCCCACUUUGUGAACAGAUGUAUUAUGUCUCUACAUGUUAAUUUACGCCAUAUGCUGUGUUAAAUUUUAUAGAUAUAAUAUAAACAAUGUAUAUGAUCUAAUAUAUACUGUACUUCAUGAAUUUAUUUGGAUCAUUUAUGACAAAGCAACAAAUCGUUGUAAUAUAAAAAGUAUCUGAUAUUCAGAUUAUAUAAUUCUACUUGAUACUCUUACAUAUUUUGUUGUGUGAAUAAAUUACUGUUUCUU